GAAGAAGACGAACUGCGAGACGUCAAAGUGCUGUGAAAUAAUGAUUUAACAACUGUUUGUUGUUGUUACCGGCUCUCUUCGUGAGAUAUAUAUUUACCCGAUGUUAGCCUGUUUCCUUCCAGAAGUUAAGUCAAACGUGCAUGCGUUUACAUUUCAUCGUUAAAAAGAGUACCUUAAGUACCCGGAGAUGCAUUGUUGUCACGUCUUCGAGCAGCCGACCCGCUUUACGGUUUCGCAUGACACCUAUGCCCCUGUGAUGGGUCAAGGAAAGGACGCCCCUGCUCUCCCAUUAUGGUUGUAGAUAGAAUCAUGCUGGACAAAUCAACUGAUAAACAGGGACAGGCCAGGCGGUGCUCUGACUGUGGAUGUAAUUUCAGUCCACCACAGACUGAGUCUAAGACGCAUGUUGCUGACUCGCAGCCUCCACCCACCAUCAGACAGCGGCGUCUACAAAAGGCAAGAGGACCCUCCAAAUGUAGGUCUUGUGAAGGACGUCCCACUCACUCUAAGCGCCUCCGCCCAGAACCUCACCAAUGUCCUCUGUGCACCAAAACCUUUAUAUCUUCCUCUCACCUCGCUCUACACAUAACAUCUCAUAGCAAGGAGCGGAAACACAAGUGUGGGAUCUGUGGGAAGUACUUUAACCAGUCCUCCCACCUGAUGGCACACAAGAAGAUCCACAGUGGGGACAGGCCGUUUAAAUGCCCAGACUGUGGUAAGACCUUUGGCCGUGCCUCACACCUGAAAACCCACCAGCGGCUCCACACAGGGGAGAAGCCCUUUAAGUGUACCUUCUGUAACAAGGCUUUCACCCAGAAGGCAGGACUCAUGGCACAUGUUCCUGUCCACACCAGGGAACGGCCGUUCAAAUGCGAGCGAUGCGGGGAGACGUUUCGCUCAUUGCCACGUCUGAUCUCCCACAAGUCGCAAGAGUCAUCCAAGCAGAUUGGGUCGGUAUCGGAUGAUGACCAAAACACACACGGCAACCCGGAGGAUCUAAAAUGCGGCAUAUGCUGCCGAACAUUUGUGCGCUCAUCAUACUUGCGGCUGUACGUGCGUCUCAAAAACGGGCAGCGGCCCUACCACUGCAAAGUGUGCAACAAAACUUUUGUCAAGAUGGAUACAUUUGUGAACCACUGUGAAAAGCACUUGAGGAAAAAAAAUGUUAAGAGUGAGCGUGCCGAGGAGAAGGUUGUCAAACCUUCUUCAUUCAUUCCACUGUCGGGGCCCUCUGCUUCUCCAUCCUCUGUGGCUCCACUGGCCUCCUCAGAAGUCAAUACACGCUCCAGAGCAAGAGCCAAGACUAAACUGGAGACGUGACCCCUAAGAGCAAACCACCAACAAACAACCGGUCUAAAAUCUCAUAAAUGUUGCCGUCACCAUCUGUUGGGUAGAUGUGUAACUGUUGCAGUUUUUUCAACUGCACUAAGCUUAAAAGAAGCCCCUCUGAAGGAAGUAUAUGUGAGGUGGGGUGGGGGGGAUGCAUCCAAUAGCAGAUAAAUCAAGGAUAAGUUUUGUGUUAUUGUUGAAUAUCACUAAAAAAAAAACUUGUAGAUUUAUGUGAACUAUUUUUUGAAUUGUAUGGAUCAUUCUUGUGUUAGAGGUCCCUCUGUAUACACAGCAAACAAAUGUGUGACGCAUGCCAGAGGUGGACUUUGCUUUUCUCUUUAGAUGUAAUCUUCUACUGCAAUGUCUGUAUGACUGACAGCAUGUUGGCAUGAGCAUAUUAUCUGACUGGCAUUUCUUGUUGAUCAUAAUUAUUUCUUUAAAUCCUUUAUAGUCCUAUUGGAAAUGUACAGCACUAAUACAAAUGCUUGGCAUCACCAUUUAAUGCCCUAUUGUAAUAAAUACUUUUAAUUUCAAAUAAAU